AUGUCUCUGACCUUCUUUUUCUCUGUUAUCAUUGCCUCGGUGGUUUUGAACUUUGUGGGGCUCAUCGUAAGUCUGUUCAUUGCCGUGGUGAAUUACAAGACUUGGCUCGCCAGGCGUAGCCUCUCUUCCUCCGAUAAGAUCCUGUCCAGCUUGGCUGUCUCUCGAUUUCUUAUGCUGGGACUGUUUCUACUGAACAUGACAUUCUUCCUCAUCGACCUAAAUGUCGAAAGGUCAGUCUCUUUGUCCACUUUCUUCCUGUUGUCCUGGAUGUUUCUGGACUCUUGUAAUCUCUGGUUUGUGACAUUACUCAAUACCUUGUACUGUGUGAAGAUCGCUAACUUCCAACACUCGGUGUUUCUCCUCCUGAAGCGUCAUCUGUCCCCAAAGAUCCCCAGACUGCUGCUGGCCUGCGUGCUGACCCCUGCUCUCACCACGCUCCUGUACAUUGUGCUGAGACAGACACUGUCCUUGCCUGAUUUUGGUACCAAGAGGAGGAAUGGCACAGUAUUUGACAUCAACACAGACAUCUUAUCUUUGAUGGUUUCAUUCUUCCUGAGUUCAUUCCCCCAGUUCAUCCUCAAUGUGACAUCUGCUUCCUUGUUAAUAAAUUCCUUGCAGAGACACAUCCAGAAGAUGCAGAGGAAUGCCACUGGCUUUUGGAACCCCCAGAUGGAAGCUCACAUGGGGGCCAUGAAGCUGAUGAUUUACUUCCUGGUUCUCUAUAUCCCGUAUUCAGUUUCUGUGCUGAUCAAUUAUCUCCCCGCUUCUGUAGGGACGGACUUGAACACCAAAGCUGUUUGUGUGCUGAUUUACAACGUGUACUUUCCAGGACACUCAGUCCUCCUUAUUCUCACUCACCUCAGACUGAAGACAAAAGCAAAGCAGAUUCUUUGUUGCCACAAAUAA